UCAUUCAAAUCGGGGACGAGCCGAGGGGAGAGAGGUGGCUGUUGGGCUGGCUGGAAGUCAGCAUCGCGAAUUAAGCACUCACACACUUGCACGUCGCUCGCUGGUGGCCGGAAUCUGCACACAGAUCAAUGCGAGUGCUGUAGAAACUCUUAGCCAAAGCAUUACACCAGUGAAGAUAACUCAUGAAAUACACCGAAGUCCUUUUUGCAUUUCUUUAAUACGACAUACUGGAUCUUCUACUUUCGUCGUUGUUGUUGUUGUUUUUGUCCCAAAAAGGAUAUACUGUUCGGAGAGCGGCAGGACAGCGGGCGGAAAGUAAUUCUUAAUAUAAUGGCUUUGCGCGUUGCUUGUGCGGAGUCGGUGUGGUGGUGAUGCUACUGCUGUCUCUGCGGGAGAAAUUGACUCGGUCUGGAGCGGAGUUUGCAAAGUUGUGCGGUGCGGGGUUCGUCGUCUUGAAAUCUCAUUCGAGCGCUGCCUGUCCCCACACCCGUGCUCCUGCCUGCUGAAUCUGGAUAUUUCUUAUUUCCGUGGACGUCGGCUUGGAUAACACGACGCACAUCUGGGUGGAAUUGACAGUGCGUUAAGAAGAGCUAAGGCGAGCACUAACCGGGAGAGCGCGAUGGUGUUCCAUCUCGCGUGGGAUGCCCUGCUGCUCUCGUAUGCGCUGGUCGGCAUGGCUUUAGGCUCCCGCCUGCGGCUUGAGGACGCGCCCCCCCACAUCGUGGAGCACCCCUCGGACCUGAUCGUGUCCAAGGGCGAGCCGGCCACGCUCAACUGCAAGGCGGAGGGCCGGCCGGCCCCCACGGUGGAGUGGUACAAGGACGGCGAGCGCGUGGAGACGGACCGCGACGACCCCCGCUCCCACCGCAUGCUGCUGCCCAGCGGCUCGCUCUUCUUCCUGCGCAUCAUCCACGGCCGGCGCAGCAAGCCCGACGAGGGCGUCUACGUCUGCGUGGCCCGCAACUACCUGGGGGAGGCUGUGAGCCGCAACGCCUCGCUGGAAGUCGCCAUUCUGCGAGACGACUUCCGGCAAGCGCCCAGUGACGUGGUGGUGGCAGCAGGGGAGCCGGCGGUCAUGGAGUGCAUUCCUCCCCGGGGUCACCCAGAGCCAACCAUUUCCUGGAAGAGGAACAACAUCCGGGUCAAUGACAAGGACGAGCGAAUCACAAUCCGAGGGGGCAAGCUGAUGAUUUCGAACACACGAAAGAGCGACGCUGGCAUGUAUGUGUGUGUAGGUACCAACAUGGUGGGGGAGAGAGACAGUGACCCCGCUGAGCUGGUGGUGUUUGAACGGCCAACGUUCGUCCGGCGGCCAGUCAACCAGGUGGUGUUAGCGGAGGACUCAUUGGACUUCCUGUGCGAGGUGGUGGGGGACCCCACCCCCACGGUGCGCUGGCGCAAGGAAGAGGGAGAGCUGCCCCGUGGGAGGCAUGAGAUUCGAAGCGACAACACUCUGCGCCUUACUCAGGUGCGCGCGGAAGAUGAAGGCGCCUACACCUGCGUGUCUGAAAACAGUGUGGGCAAAGCAGAGGCCUCGGGCACGCUCCAAGUACAUGUCGGCCCAUUCCUCCCUCCCCAGAUUGUUGUUCGGCCCCGGGACCAAAUCGUAGCUCAAGGACGGACUGUCACCUUCCUCUGCGGGACGAAGGGGAACCCCCCGCCUGCUGUCUUCUGGCAGAAAGAAGGGAGUCAGAUUCUUCUGUUCCCCAGUCAGCCUCCAGAGCAGUCGGGCCGUUUUUCCGUGUCCCUGAGUGGGGAGCUGACCAUCAGUGACGUCCAGAGUGAAGAUUCUGGCUAUUACAUCUGCCAGGCCAUCAGUGUGGCCGGGAGCAUCCUGACCAAGGCACUGCUGGAAGUGGAGAACGCACCAUCAGACCGUGUCCCUCCGAUUAUCCGCCAGGGGCCAGCCAAUCAGACUCUGGCCCUGGGUGCCACGGCACAGCUGCAGUGCCAUGUCAUGGGCAACCCCUUACCCAGCAUCCAGUGGGAAAAGGAUGGACAGAGGAUUCUGGGAAAUGAUGCCCGCAUCAGCCUCAUGGAAAACGGCACAUUACAGAUCACCCUCCUGCAGGAAACCGAUUCAGGGGUGUACACCUGUAUUGCUUCUAGCGCCAGUGGGGAGACAAGCUGGAGUGGUAUUCUCACAGUGCAAGAAAGUGGAGCCCCAUCUGCUCCCCAGCCCUCUGAGCCCAGUCUCCUGCCUGGACCCCCCCAGAAGCCCAUCGUGACCAACGUGACACGAAACAGCGUGACCCUGACCUGGCAGCCGAACCCCCAUGAAGGAGGGGCGCCGGUCUCUUCCUACAUCAUCGAGGCCUUCAGCCAAUCUGCAGGAAGUACUUGGCAAACAGUGGCAGACUUUGUCAAGCUGGAGAAGCACACCGUAGGUGGCCUCUUCCCCAACACCAUCUACCUGUUCAUCAUACGCGCUGUCAACAGCUACGGCCUCAGUGAUCCCAGCCCCAUCUCUGAGCCGGUCCGCACUCAAGACGUGAGUCCAACAGGUCAGGGUGUGGACCACAGACAGGUGCAGCGGGAGCUGGGGGAGGUGGUGGUGCGGCUCCUGGAGCCUGUGGUUCUCUCUGCGUCCAGCGUCCAGCUCUCCUGGACGGUGGACAGCCAGUCCAGGUACAUCCAGGGAUACCGGCUGCUCUACAGGCCCAAGGGGAGCGCCUGGCUGGUCCAGGACGUGAAGGCAGCCCCCGAGCGCAGCACGGUGCUCGCUGACCUGCGGAAGGGCACGGAGUACGAGGUGAAGAUCCGGCCCUACUUCGACGAGUUCCAGGGCAUCGACAGCCAGCUGCUGAUAGUGCACACGCCUGAGGAGGCCCCCAGUGCUCCCCCACAAUCAGUAACCGUGGUAACUGUCAAGCUGAGCAACAGCACCAGCAUCAGUGUGUCCUGGGAGCCACCCCCUGUGGAGAAACGGAAUGGAGUUAUUCAGGAGUACAAGAUCUGGUGCCUGGGCAAUGAGACACGGUUCCACAUCAACAAGACGGUGGGUGGGACUGUCCUCUCCACGACGGUCACCGGCCUGCUGCCAGGGAUACUGUACCAGGUGGAAGUGGCAGCCGUCACCAGCGCAGGAGUGGGAGCCCGUAGCCAGCCCGUGUCCGUGCUCAUCAAGCUGCCCUCGGACCAGCCCUCAGCGCCGGCGGAGCCUGGCGAGAACGUGAGCUUAGCAGAGCAGAUCACAGACGUGGUGAAGCAGCCGGCCUUCAUCGCGGGCAUCGGGGGGGCCUGCUGGGUCAUCCUGAUGGGCUUCAGCGUGUGGAUUUACUGUCGCCGCAAGAAGAGAAAGGAGCUCAGCCACUACACAGCUUCCUUUGCUUAUACUCCUGCAGUUGGAUUUUCUCAUGGAGAGGCAUCUGGUCUCAUCAAUGGCAGACCUGGUAUGCUUGGCACCAACAUGGGCAACUACCCCUGGCUGGCCGACUCGUGGCCCACCACCAACUUGGUCCACAGCGGCAAGGAGUCGGUAACCUGCUGCACCGCCAAGCACGACUCCGCUGAGAGGUACUACAAUGAAGCUGGGAUCUCUAAUUAUCUCAGUCAGACGGAGAAAUUUAGCUCUGGGUCCAAUGAGGGGCCUAUCUAUAGCACCAUUGACCCAACCAGCGAUGACCUCCGCACCUUCAACUCCUCCUAUUCCCAGCACGCUACUCCUUAUGCCAGUACGCCUGUCAUGCCCUUUGCCACCCAGGGCCCCUACAGCCCUGAUCAGGAGGGAGGGCACUGGAUGGCACAGCCAGGACCCUCGGGGUCUCAGUAUGCCCAGCCCGACCGCUCCAGGACGGACAAUGCUGUGAAACUGGGGAAGCAGAAAUCCAUGGGGAAAGCAGUGAAGACACCUUCUCUGAACUGGACCGAGUCCUUACCUCCGCCACCUCCUGCCGGAGAGCUUGAAGAGUGCGUUGAAGAGUCGGAGGAAGACGGGGAUGAUGAAGAGCUGGGCUCUGAGGAAGAAGACUGGUGCCCCCCACUGCCAGAGAGGACCUACCUGACGGACGGCCCCUCAGAGGAUGUACCAAGCCCUCCACCUCGUGGGGAAGCCUCAUCCCCAGCCACCUCAUACGGGCACCAGUCCACAGCCACGCUCACCCCUUCCCCCCGAGAGGAGGGCCGACCCUCAGAGGACAUCCCCCGGCUGCACCACCUCGACAUGCCACAGCUCGCAAGGAGGGUGCCAUGUGGACCAGUUCCUGUACCCCGGGCUCCCAGCCCUCCACUCACACAGUCCAAUCCCAACCUGGUGAUGGUGCAGGAAGGCUCUGAGGUCGGCACUUCACCUAUGCAUCGGCCUGGCCACCGCCGAGACCAAAGCCAGGGCGCAGUGCUGAGUGUGGAUAACGUCAGCUCAUCAGGGCCAGGCCGUGCUCGACUCGCACCAGGUGACAGCACUCACACACCCCCAGGACAGAAAUCACGAGCCAAAAAGAAAUCGUCCAAGACUGUCCAGUACAGGAGAGAACUGAACCAAGGAGACCUGCCCCCGCCUCCAGAGCCGCCCCCCGCGGACGAGUUCCCCCAGGUCUCAGCGGGCAGCCUGGAUUGCAGCCGCACAUCGCUGGAGAGAGACGGCAGCGCGCCCUCGUCCGUGGAGCGGCGGGCAGAGCACAGCACCCCCCACAGGAAGGCCUCGGCACAGCGACACAGAGAGGACGAGGACAUCAUCCCUUACAGCAGACCCAGUUUCCUGUCCAGGGGCCAGGUGUCGAGCAAUUGCUCCACGACAGGGAGCUCGUCUUCCAGGGGCUCGACAGGGUCUCGAGGCCCCGUGCCAGGAAGGAGCCGGCCGAUUGCAGAGCGGAGUGAGGAAAAGAGAUAAGCAGAAAGAGAGGGACUGUCUGAAGUAUUUUUUCUCGGCGUUUCUGCUACAGUACAUCUCCAUUUUUCCGCGACUCCCAGCUUCUUCAGAGGAACAGAACACCAGAGGAAAAGAAGAGUACUGGACGUGAUUAUGACCUGCCUUGUCUAAUGAGAGCGAUGGACUUUUGCAUUUUUUUAUUUAUGAUUUGUGGGUUUGUGUGCAUCUGAUCCCUCACCUUCACCUGUACAUACCCAUCUUUGUAAGGUUUCUAUGUGGAUUUCAGGUGCUGCGAAAGAAAGAGAAUAUAUUGUAUUUAUAAGAAAGAAAGGAAACUGUCGAUUAUUGUCCGAUAUUAUAAAGUUCAUGUCUGAAUGUGCCAAUUUUUUGUAGAAAGUAUACCCUUAAAAAAGCAAGAUACGAUUGCACUCUUCUGUUGUGAUCAAUGACAACAGAAUAUAUAUAAAUAUUAAGCACAAUCUGUGUAAACCACCUCAAUCUGACUUUUAGCAGAAAGGGAACAGCCAGUCAGUCUGCCUGCUAUCUGGUCUUUGGAUCCCAUCUUGUCAUGGUCCAGUCAGAGUGUGAUUUUCGUGGGUGAGGCUUGCGAUGGGAUGAGCAUCGAAGGGAUUGUUCAGAUGGUUUUGAAGAAGUGUUUCUGAAUUGUGCAAACGUGUUCUGUAAAAAAAAACACCAAAACGAUCUGUUCUGUCGACUAACUUUUCGGUAGUCGUCCUGUUUUGUAAAAAUGCAAUUUUGAAAAAAAUAAAAAAUACAUUUGUUAAGCUCCGUGCAACUCAGUGGGAAGGGUAUGCGUGUGUGUGUUCACUCUUUGGCAGUACAGUGGUUGCACCCACUUAAACAAGCAAAAGAGAAACAACUUUAAAAGCAAGCAGUUGAGGAGAGUGGGUACGGUAGUGGUUAAGGAAAACAGGGUAGUGUCAAAAAUGUUCCCCUGACUGUGUGAGCAAGUUACUUGGCCUCCUGCUCUGCUCUCCAGUUGAGAUAUAAGACAAAAAACUUUUAUAGAGAUUCUGACACCCUAGUCCUUUUGAGUCGCCUGGAAAAGUGCGUCAGCGAGAUGGCGAUUACAGCAGGUAGAUAUCAAAAGAAAUAGAGGAGAUAAGAGAUUUCGGUUACAGAACCAAACCCCACAUGCACAAAAACAAAAAACCUUUUACUUUUUGAGGAAGGGUGCUUGCCUGACAGCGUGAAGUAAGGCUUUCACCAGACCCCUCGGAUUGUUUGCAUCAGAUGGUGCCUGGCAGUGUCUGUAUUAAAAAGCGUGAAAUCACUUUCGACUGCUUUGCUGAGAGCAGGGCAAGAGAAUAGAUUAGUCACAUCUUCGCAAGCCCCCAGAGACCCCCCCACCACUAGUGCCCUAGGGGACCUCGACCCCCCAGUUAGGGAAACACCGAUGCUGUAUGUGAGUACUGCCCCCUAGUGAUAUCCUGUUGUGUGAGUGCUCAUGCAAGCAUGCGAGCACCAAGACUGCCCACUGCAUCCUGUCUGUGAACAGGAUUAUUUCAUGCCUCUUCCUCAACAGAAUAAAAUUAGCUCCAAAAACUGUAAGGGGCCCCUAUGAUAAGUGAAAACAAAUUGCAGAUUCUAAGUUUUAGUGACAGGUCAGUAAUAAUUUUCAGCCUGUUUCCCAUUGAAUCCCAAAGCCAAGAUAUCUCAAGUAAUUGGCUAGCUUCUCUGGUAGUGAAGCUCACCAACUGGUUCACCUCAGUGGAAUUCUCAGUGGAGACCACAUAAGCAGAAAAGACAAGUCAUACUUUGCAUUUCAACGUAGGGAAGAAAAAUUAAUCUUCUCCUGACUUCUGUACGUGCAUUCUUGCCUGUUUCAUUACUGAGCGAUCAAAUAUAAAACUUUGAUCACCUGUAGAGGACUUUGAGGAUUUCUAUAGGGUCCAUAAUAGACUCAGAAUGGCUAAUCCUAAUAAGACAGUUGAUCAUAAAACAGGAGUGCCCUAGUCCAGUCCAGGAAGAGCUUAUGGGUUUCUUUAUAUCUUAGGAACAGGAAAAAAAUAUGCUAAACUGCUCCAUUGAAGCUGAUUUCAACUUAAAUUAUUUAGAGCUGAUCUGGAAUGAAAACUGCUCGAGUACUGGGGUUGGACCCCUUAGAUUACAGAGCUGAGAUUUCAUUUUACCCAAAAACUCCUGUCCUGUCCAACAUCUCUUUAUGUUACGGGGCUACCAGUAUGUAUUUCAUGGAACAAGACCUGUUAAAAGCUUACAAUAUCUCAAUUGUUAUGUGCUGUAUGGGAAGCUGUUUUUACAUCACUUGAGGCUUGUAUGAUUGAGGUGUUUCAUGUACCAUGGCUUAUUGCUGAUCAUUCUUGUUUUGGGAGGAAUGAAUACAUUUUAAAAUUACAAUGAAAAUAACACUACCCUUUCAAUAAAGUGACA